AUGAAAAAUAAAUACAAGUAAUAAUAAAAAAAAAAAAAUUAAAAAUAAAAUAAAAAAAAGCGAAUUCCAAUAAGAUGUAAAGUUCCUGUAAAUUUCGAUUUUGAAUUUGUUUCAGUUUAAAAAUCAGAAUGUAUAAACAUAGACCCUAAAAAGGGUGUAAUAUUAGGAAAUAGUUAUAUAGACAUAGAAUUAUUUUUCUGUCCUUUUGAACCAAUAAAUUAUUAAGCAAUAUAUGAAUUAAAAACUUCCUAAUAUGAAUUCGAACAUAUAAAAGUUACAAUAACCGGUUAAGGAGUUUUAUAAAGAAAUUUGCGUUCAACAAUAUAAGUUAUUGAAAAAAAAUAAAACGAAGUAAUAGAAGAAGAAGAAGGAAAUUAAAAUUAAAUAUUGAAAAAACGUCAAAAGUAGAAAAGAAUAACUAUGAUAAAUAACUUAAUAGAAGAAAUACCUUAAUAAUAAUAAUUAACUUAAUAUAAAUAAUAAUAAAAUACAAAAUAGAAAUUAUAAUAUAUAAAUAACCCAACACAAUAAUAAAUAAAUAUUUCGAAUCUUCUUUUGUAAAAAUAAAUAGAUCCUGGUAGACAUUCUAAAGAGAAAUAUUUUUUGGCAGUUUUUAAUAACGUGAAUUAAUUAGAUUAAUAAAAAUAAACAAGAUUUUUUUAAUGUAUUGGAGAUAAAUAAAUACAAGAAGAUACAAUAUAUGAAGUAAGGAACUAAAGAGUAGAAUUUUAAAACAAGAAAUUUAAAAUGCUAGAAUUUUAAGGAAUUAACAGAUUUGAGGUUUAAUUCGAUAAAGACGCCCCUAUAAUAGAAUAAAUAGUUCCUAAUUUUGACUGCAAAUGGGAUUUUAGUAAAAACGAUCCGUAAAAAAGAAAAAAAAUAAUCACAAAAAGAAUGCUUUAUGCCAUUUCUAAGGUAAUACUGCGAAUGAGAUUAGAAGAAAACUUACAAGCGAUAAAAAACCUGAUUCAAUAAAUCAAAAAUAAGCACGAAUAGGAAUUAAAAAACCUCUCUAAGGAAAAGCACGGGGCUUAUUUACGAGAAUGCGUUUAAAAACUUGUAAAUGAAGAUUGGUAGAAAGCCGAAUAUACCAAUCUAAACAAAAAAAACCUUCCAAAAUGUGAACUUGAAUUCGAAUUCGAAGAACAUAAUAUUACCAGAACAUUCUACCCCAUCCAAUAUGAAAACUCGAAUAAUUUCUCCAAUUUUAAAUAUGAAGUUAAUCCCAGAACAGGUUUUGAUGAUUAUGCUUUAAUUGAAAAUAUAUGUCAAUGUGAUUCUGAAGUAAUGGGAUAUAGAAAUUGGGAAGUUCCUCCUAUAAUACAUUAUCCUCCUGUCGAAGAAUAAAGAGCAUAUAGAACAUGUUGUGAAGAAGAAUAUAGUUUUAGGGGCAAAACAGGUACUUAGAGAAAAUUAGAAAAGGAAAAAGUUUAAAUAAUGCCUAAAAGUUUUAUUUGGAAACUAGAUAUGCCAUCCCAUAUAUUGAAUUGUGAACAGGAAGGUAUCCGAUAAUAUUAAGAAAUUGAGAGUGUGACAGAAAUAAAUCCAAGUUACUAUUUAUAUCCUGAAUAAUUAAGUACUUAGGAUGAAUUAGAUCCUAUAGAAAAAGAGAAAAACGAAAUUAUUAUCUAACAUGAGUUUUUGAGUAAAUUGCCAGGACUUAAUAGUGGAAAUAUACUCGCGUUUUUGCCUAUAGAGAGGAAUUACUAUUAUUUAAAUCGUUUAGAACUACCCUUUGAUUGCGGAAAUGUGUAGAAUGUAGGAAAAUACUGCACAGGGGUGAAAAAUAAGCCAGAUUAUGAGGAUUUUAUAAAUGAUGAAGAAAAAGAAAUUCUUUAAAAUCUUAAAUAUACUACUUCCGCAGCUUAAAAAUAUGAUGUGUCUAAAGGAGAUAAUUUUUAGACUUUUAUUAAAUGUCUAGAAGAGGAUGACGAAGAUUUUUCGAAGUUUAAAUAGAGUUAAUUAGAAGAUGUUAGAGAUGAACUCAAAGAAACUGAAAAGAAAAUCGUAAAUGGAUUAAGAAUUGAGAAAAUUAAAUGGAUUGCAACAUUACCAUCUAAAACCAGUGAGUAUAAUAGAUUUAUUAAUGAAAAUUCGAAUAGAUUAUGUAUUUUAUGA